AGAGUGCACCAACGAAAAGGGAUAGCGUUGCAUCGAGCAGCUGCUCCGCCUUUGCUUCUCUGUUCAUUCGUUUGAUAAAUCCACUUCGCAGCUGCCCGUGCAGUUGAUCCACACUCGUGGUGGCUCUCAGCGCCUUCAACUGCUGCCGAUCAGCAGCAACAGAGAAAGAAACUAUCGAAGAAGAAAAAGGCAACGAAUUAUUUUUUCGUCGUCGCCAUGACCUCUAUUCUAAAGUUGAUGCCGCAGGAGUACCUGCACGUAGAGGACACAAACACGUGCGACGUGCUCACCCUUGUCGGCCCCAUCACCUUCACCAUGUACGACCACCACCGCCGACUGCACCAAAGCCCCCUGCAGUUCAUCGUUGUUCCUCCAGGGCACUACAUCGAGGUACAGAACCCACUGCACCGGGUGCAGCAGCAGCAGCAGCAGCGUUCACACUCCUCCACAUCAUCCAACGCAGGCGCCGAGGGCAAGAGCAACGGCAACGCGACUCCGGUGUACUUGCUCCUGAGAAGCAACGCGACAAGCCCUACAGGGAUGGAGACUGUCAAAUACAGUCGCUGGAAGAGCCCCUAUGGCAGCAGCGAACUCCGCUUUGCCGAGGACUCGCCGUUUCCACUCCUACCCGACGAGGAAGCCGGCCACAUCUUGCCAAUGCCGCUGCUCUCCGCCAAUGAAGCGCUGGUGCUGGAGGCAAAAGAGGCGCUCGACACCGCCGACCCCGUCACCGGCGCGGUGCGACACCGGGAGCAGCAGGAACAGUACCUGUACCGCGGCCCCGGACUCUACCGCCCGCGCCUCGACGAAGAAGUCGUGCGUCGAAUUGAAGGAGAGUUUGUGUCUUCGAUGCAGGUGUGCUACCUGACGGCGCGGUGCGACUUCACCGACGAUGAGGGUGUGGCGCGGGUGGCGGGGGAGCGGUGGAGGCAGCAGGUGGAAGGGAUCUUCUUUCAUCACCCGGCGGUGGAGGUGGAGGUACGCGAGCUCUGCGUGGUGGCGGACACCGAGGCGGUGCAGUUCGAAUCCACCACCGCCUUCUACGAUGCGGAUUUGAAUCUGCAGCGGGAGGCAAUGCAGCCUUACGUCAUAACGCGCGCGCAGACGAAGGAGGGCGUCUACGUGCCGCGCAGCUUUGAGCGGCUUGUCUCGCGGCGGCGCCAAAUUCACCUGUCGCCGACGCAGUACUGUGUCGUUGCGAGCCCGGUCGGCCCCGACGGUGCACCGCGACCGCGGGAGGCGGAGGUGCGGGUGGGGAAGCAGCGGUUCACCCCGCAGCCGGGCGAGUGCGUGACGCGCGUGCUGGACGCGCUCGUUGUGAAGGAAGACGAGGCGCUGCUGCUAACGGCGCUGCAGUCGUACGCGGAGGUGGACGAGAAGAGCGGGGCGGAGAUGCAACGCGAGGGCGGCUCUCGCUGGCUCGUGCCGGGGCCUCGGCAGUACGUCCCGCCCAUCUACGCGCGAGUGGUGGAGCGCCGACACGUCAUCAAGCUGGAGGAAAACAGCGGCGUGUACGUGCGCAACGUCUUCUCGGGCCAGGUGCGGUCAGUCUUCGGCCGCCCGUUUAUGCUCAGCGCAGAGGAGGAGUUGUGGGCGCGGCCGAUCAGCGCGUACGUGCGUCGUUUGCACGCCCAGCCGCGGCAGUCGCUGCGUGUGGACGACAUGUCCGCGGACGAAAUCGCAGAGGCGGCGGUGGAGGAGGGGCGUGCAAACAUUCGCCGCACCGCUGACCUUUUGAGUGGCGCCUACACUGCUGUGAGAGUGGAGAGUAACGCGAAUCCUGCUACUACUAUUACUGCUACGAGUGCUGCUGGGGCCGGAGCAGCACCACACUCGAAUCACGAAGACGAAGACGUGAGUGACGAAGAGGAUGGGGCGCAGUGCGGCGGCGACGGCUCUACGGGCAACGCGAGCCACAACAGCAGUCCCAGCGCCGCGGUGGACCCGUACGCGUCCACGCUGGACAUUUUGAAGAUCGCCGAGCAGAACGCCCACCCGAGCUGCCAGUCCAGCGACAUCGCGCAGUACUACGUGAUCAGCGCGAAUGUGGAGCACAACACACUGAUGCGGCUCUACGACACGAGCACUGGCCGCAGUCGCGUCGUUGCGGGGCCGGCGACGGUGUACCUCGAGCCGCACGAGCACUUUACCCCGUUGUCCCUCUCAGGCGGUCGCCCAAAGGAACCUCAUCAAAUACACGCUUUAAGCCUGUACUUGGGCCCCGAUUACAUGGCAGACACCAUCGAAGUCGAGACACGCGACCACGCACGACUGCGUCUGCACCUGGCGUACAACUGGGAGUUCGAUGGCGUAGAGGCGGGCAGCAAGAUAGGGGUGGACGCGCAGCUGGCCUUCACAAUUCCUGACUUUGUCGGGCAGGCCUGCAAAGCGCUCGCCAGCCGCGUGCGGUCCGUCGUUGCAGGGCAGACGUUCGAAUUUUUCCACUGCAACUCGUCGACGCUGAUCCGACAGGCCAUCUUCACCUCCGCCACGGACGGGUCUACGGUGGUGCAGAACGACUCGCUCCUCUUCCGGGCGAACGGGCUCCGCAUCACGACCGUCGAUGUGCAGAGCGUCGAGCCGGUCGACACGAAGACGCGCAUCGCGCUGACGAAGAGCGUGCAGCUGGCGGUGGAGAUCAUCACGAAAUCGCAAGAGAGCGACGCCUCGCAUCAGGCGGCUCUCUUAGAGCAGGAGGCGAAAGGCGCGCUGGAGCUGCAGAUCAUGCGGGAUCGCGCGAAGGCCGAAGAGCAGCGGACGGCGUUGCUGAAGGUGAUUGGCAACAACACGGUGCUGGAGCAGGCUGGGGCAAGUCGGGCGCAGGCUCUAGCAGAGAGCGAAGCGCGCCUGGCCGAGGCGCAGGGCGAAGUGGAAGCCACGCCAAUCCGCUGCACCGCGCACUCAGUCGGCAUGGACGCGGAGCUGGAGGUGCUGCGGCAGCGCGCGGAGCUUGACCUGGCACACCGCGAGUCGAUGAACAAGCUCGCCAUCGAGAAGAUGCGUCGGCUGGCGGAUAUUGAGGCGACCAAGUACGAAACGAUCAUGAACGCGCUGGGGAAGGAGACGCUGAUAGCGAUUGCAAAUGCGGGACCUGAGCUGAAGGCGCAGCUGCUGGGUGCGUUGGGUCUGCAGGGUUUUGUGGUGACGGACGGCUGCACGCCCAUCAACAUGCUGAACUUUGCUGAUCAGAUCGCCUCUCGCUCAGCAGCUGCAUAG